AUGUACUCUAUAGAUCCUGCUCGCGUCCUCGGUCUAGAAGAAGGCGAUGCCCAUGUAAUCCGCAAUGCCGGCGGCAGAGUCUCAGAUGCACUGCGCAGCAUUAUCAUUUCGCAACAGCUGUUGGGCACCCGCGAGAUCGUUAUCGUGCACCAUACGAACUGUGGAAUGCUCACUUUCACCGACGAGAGUAUCAGAGACAAGAUCCGUGCGGAUCUACACCAGAAUGUCGACCACAUUGCGUUUCUGCCCUUCGGGGAUCUAGAGCAGAGUGUUCGGGAUGAUAUUAAGAUAUUGAAGGAUAGUCCUCUUAUCCUGGAUGUUCCAAUUACAGGGUAUUUCUAUGAAGUUGAGACCGGCAAGAUUGUUCAGGUUGAAGAGAGAUAA